AUGAAUCAGAGUGAGAGCCAAAAGAAGGGACCCCCUCCCUAUGAAACCUCUCUGUGUCAGGACCCUGGCUACCAGAGCACAGCUCAGAGCCAACAGAAGCAAGACAGACUAGACUGUCCUGAACCUGAACCUGAACCCAGCUGUGUAUCCUUCAAGACGGCGCGGUCCGUUGAUCGUUUCAUUGACUUCAAAGAUGGACAGCACUCUUCUGAUUUAAGCCACAAGGAACACAACAGACCAGACUGUCCUGAACCCAGCUGUAUGCCCAUCAAGUACUGCCAGUCCAUUGGUCGUUCCAUUAACCUGAAAGAUGGACAGCAUUCUUCUGGUCCAAGAGUUUGCCAGAAGAACUUAGAAGUUUGCAAACAUCAACCUGCCAAGCAGCAUCAGACAGACCUGGAUGACAUAUUUCUGCUCCUUGAGGAGAACAUUGCAACUUUUGUGAAGAAAGAGCUGAAGAAGUAUCUGCGCGUUCUGACUAAAGAUUACCCAGAAUGCCCAGAGAGUCCCAGUGAGGAAGGAGAGGUGACCGGCGGCAGUGAUGCAGAGCUGAAGCAAAACAGCAGAGAAGCAUUUCUGCAAAUCACACUGGACUUCCUGAAGAUAAUGAAGCACGAGGCCCUGGCUGACAGUCUGCAAAGCAGAAAGCAAGCUACAAUCUGCCAGCAUAAACUCAAGUCUACUCUGGGGGAGAAGUUCCAGUGUGUGUUUGAAGGAAUUGCCCAAGCAGGAAGCCCAACCCUUCUGAAUCAGAUCUACACAGAGCUCUACAUCACAGAGGGAGGGACUGGAGAGGUCAAUGAUGAACAUGAGGUCAGACAGAUUGAAAUGGCAUCCUGGAAACCGCACAAACCAGAAACAACUAUCAGACAGGAAGACAUUUUUAAAGCCUCACCUGGAAGAGAUGAACCAAUCAGAACAGUGAUGACAAAGGGAGUGGCUGGCAUCGGGAAAACAGUCUUAACACAGAAGUUCACUCUGGACUGGGCUGAAGACAAAGCCAACCGGGACAUCCAGUUCAUAUUCCGAUUCACUUUCAGAGAGCUGAAUGUGCUGAGAGGGAGAAAGUUCAGCUUGGUGGAACUUGUUCAUCACUUCUUCGCUGAAACCAGAGAAGCAGGACUCUGCGGGUUUGAAGAGUUCCAGGUUGUGUUCAUCUUUGACGGUCUGGAUGAGUGUCGACUUCCUCUGGACUUCCACAAAAAUCAGAUCCUGACCGAUGUGAGAAAGUCUACCUCAGUGGAUGUGCUGCUGACAAACCUCAUCAGGGGGAAACUGCUCCCCUCUGCUCGCCUCUGGAUAACCACACGACCUGCAGCAGCCAAUCAGAUCCCUCCUGAGUGUGUUGACAUGGUGACAGAGGUCAGAGGGUUUACAGGCUCACAAAAAGAGGAGUACUUCAGGAAGAGAUUCAGAGAUGACAGCCUGACUCGUAAAAUUAUGUUCCACAUAAAGAAAUCCCGAAAUCUCCGCAUCAUGUGCCACAUCCCGGUCUUCUGCUGGAUCACGGCUACAGUUCUGAAAGAUGCCUUCAAAACCAAAGACAGAAGGAAGCUUCCCAAGACCCUGACUGAGAUGUACAUCCACUUCCUGGUGGUCCACUCAAAGCUAGAGAACAUCAAGUAUCACGGUGGAGGUGAGACUGAUCCAGCCUGGAGUCCAGAGAGCAGGGAGAUGAUCGAGUCUCUGGGGAAACUGGCUUUUGAGCAGCUGCAGAAAGGAAACCUGAUCUUCUAUGAGUCCGACCUGACAGAGUGUGGCAUCGAUAUCAUGGCAGCCUCAGUGUACUCAGGUGUGUUCACACAGAUCUUCAGAGAGGAGUGUGGGCUCUACCAGGACAAGGUGUUCUGCUUCGUCCACCUGAGCGUUCAGGAGUUUCUGGCUGCUCUUCAUGUCCAUCUGACCUUCAUCAACUCUGGAGUCAACCUGAUGUCCGAUGCACAAACAUCAUGGUGGUCUAAAAUAUUCAGAAAAAGACACAACCUGGUUCACCUCUACCAGAGCUCCGUGGACAAUGCCUUGCAAAGUAGAAAUGGUCACCUGGACUUGUUCCUUCGCUUUUUUCUGGGUCUUUCACUGGAGUCCAGUCAGAUUCUCCUCCAAGGCCUGCUGACACAGACAGGAAGCAGCUUGGAGGCCAGACAAACCAAGGACAAAACAGUCCUGUACAUCAAGAACAAGAUUAGGGAUAAUCCCUGUCCUGAGGGAAGCAUCAACCUGUUCCACUGUCUGAAUGAACUGAAGGAUCGUUCUCUGGUAGAGGAGAUCCAACAGUACCUGGAAUCAGGGAGUCUCUCCACAGAUAAACUGUCUCCUGCUCAGUGGUCAGCUCUGGUCUUCAUCUUACUGUCCUCAGAAAAAGACCUAGAGGUGUUUGACCUGAAGAAAUACUCUGCUUCUGAGGAGGCUCUUCUGAUGAUGCUGCCAGUGGUCAAAGCCUCCAAUGAGGCUCUCCUUGGUGACUGCAACUUGUCAUGGAGAAGCUGUGAAAUCCUGGCCCCAGUUCUCAGUUCUCAGUGCUCCAGUCUGAGAGAACUGGACCUGAGUAACAACGACCUCCAGGACGAAGGCAUAAAGCGGCUGUGUGCCGGACUGGGAAGUACACAUUGUGCACUGGAAACUCUCAGGCUGUCGGGAUGUCUGAUCACAGAGGAAGGCUGCGUUGCUCUGGCCUCAGCUCUGAAGUCAAAUCCUUCCCAUCUGAGAGAACUGGACCUGAGCUACAAUCAUCCAGGGGACACAGGGGUGGAGCUGCUGUCUGCUGGACUAGAGGAUCCACUCUGGAAACUGGACACUCUCAGGUUGGACCCUCGUGGAGAGCAUUGGCUGAAACCUGGUCUAAGGAAGUAUGCCUGUAAUCUCACGCUGGACCCAAACACCGCAAACAGAAACCUCAAACUGUCGGACAACAACAGGAAGGUGGUGGCAGUCAGAGAGGAGCAGCCUUAUCCUGACAAUCCAGAGAGGUUUGACUUCUGUCAGCUGCUGGGUACGGACGGUCUCACCGGUCGCUGUUACUGGGAGGUGGAGUGGAAAGGAAAAGUUCAUAUUGCAGUAACACACAGAGGAAUCAGGAGGAAAGGGUACAGUGCCGACUGCUGGUUUGGAGGGAACGAUCAGUCCUGGAAUCUGCACUGCUCAAACGAACAUUACUCUGUCUGCCACAAUCUGAGAGAAACUGUGAUCCCUGUCUCUGCGUCCCACACCAACAGAGUAGCGGUGUAUGUGGACCAUCCUGCCGGCACUCUGUCCUUCUACACAGUCUCCUGUGACACACUGAUCCACCUCCACACCUUCAACACCACAUUCACUGAACCUCUCUACCCUGGGUUCAGGUUUUGGUUUGGUUUGGACUCAUCAGUGUCUCUGUGUGAGCUGUAG